AUGGAUUUCGAAGGUCAAAAAUUAGCUGAAAAGUUGUAUCAAUAUAUAAUCAUACUCUUUGGUAUUAUUGGAUGGAUAGCAGGAUUCAUUAAACAAAGUUUCCAAAUUACUGUAUACUCUGUUGCAUUGGGAACCUUGAUAGCUUUAAUUGUUUGUUUACCAAAUUAUUCAUUCUUUAACAAACAUCAAUUGAAAUGGUUACAACCAAAACAACAACCAACAACAACAACACCAACAACAACAUCACCGACUGCUACUAAAUAA